AGACGGCCGGGGAGCGGGACAAACGGGGCGCCGCCUCUACGCGAAGCAGCAGCGAGUUGCCCGCCGCUCCAUCCGCACCGGUCAACCGGCGGGUAAUUGUACUCUCCGGGGCAGGAGGCAGCCGAGUGCUUUUGAAAGGGGUCUACGACGUGGCAAGAACUUGAUAAAAAAAAACUUUUUCUUUCUCUGGUUUAACUGCAUCCAUCUCUCUCUCUCUGUCUGAGAUUGAAUUGGGUUGAGGGACAUUGCCUCCGCUCUGCCUCGGUGAUUUUGUUUUGGUCUGCCCCUGCCGAGUUUGACCGCUGGCCGGUGGGGUCAUCCGCACGCUGAGUGAUCCUCCUGCCUGGAGGGAGCUCCGAGACGAGAUGACACGGCGCGUCGCUCUCCCUGUCACCGUAUUCGCGCUGCUCCUGGCUCUGAAACCAGCCGCCUGCGCCCGGCCCGCCGCUGAAGUUCCCCGACCUCGGGGCAGACUCCCCACGGGCAAUGAGGAGCAGACGGCAACCUCCCUGCUCCGACCGCAGAUCAUCCCUGCGCCGGUCAUAGAACGGGGGGUAGACUUCUCUGGACCCGCACGGGCGGUGAGAGGAACAGCUCCUGUGAGAUCCAAGACCGUGAUACGAGGAGCGGAGGUGCCAGAGGGAUCUAUUCCAGAACCAAGAAAGAAACGCGAGGAGGAAGACAGUCAGCCCCCAGCAGUUCACGAAGAAGUGCCGAAACCACCAAGAAAACCUAAGAAGGCCAAGAAAGAGAAAAAGCCAAAAACAAAGACGCCCAAGCCCAAAAAAGAGAAACCCAAGGAGAAGUCUCCAAAACCUAAGAAAGAGAAAAAACCCAAAGAGAGAAAUUCUAAACCCAAAACUGACAAAAAACCCAAAGAAAAGUUGCCAAAGUCUGAGAAAGGGAAAAAAUCCAAGAAGCUAUUGGGAAAACCUGAAAACACCAAGGCCCCUCCGCUGGAAGAGAAGCCUCAACCAGAAGAAGAAAUCAGAGAAAUUCCAACUGAACCUGCAAAAGAAAUUGAAGAAGGUGUCACGGAGGUGGAUAUAUUUACUUAUGACCUGUGGCCGACAGAUUCCCCCAGCAAGCCUUUCACUUCACCUCCUUUCAAAGAAUACUACACCGUGACAAAAGAGACGGCAGAGAAGGAGAGUACAGGCAAACCUAUAGAGCCCUCAGAAUUGCCAACGGAGUCAUAUGAAGGGAUUUAUGAUUAUGGAAUCGAUGAAGAUGUGACUGAAUAUGGAUGGGGCAAGCCAGAGGCAAAACCAAAGAAGCCUUUUGACACGCUUGGAAAGGAACUGGAGUUUGAGUUGGAGAUUGAAGAGGUUGAGACAGAUGAGCACGGAAAGUUGCAACCCAAGGAGACUCAACCUGAUGAGGUGUAUGACUAUGAAGACCUAUGGGAGGAAGAUCCUUGGGAAGAAGGAACAUUACCACCUGGUGAAACUACUCCUAGUGAGACGUAUAACUAUGAAGAUAUAUGGGAGGAAAAGCCUUGGGAUGGAGGAACAUUGCCUCCUACAGAAUACGGACCUGACGUAUUAUACAACUAUGAAGAUCUAUGGGAGGAAAAGCCUCGGAAAGAAUCAAAGCCUAAAAAACCGAAGAUUCCAGAAGAAACGGAUCCGGAUGAAUAUUUGCCACCGCUUGGUAAAGAAUGUCCUCCUCUGGGUCUUGAGUCCCACCAUGUAGCUGAUGACCAAUUAUUAGCAUCAUCUUUCCUUCGACAUGGACUUGGUCCUCAACGUGUUCGUCUUAAUAUGCAGGCAGGUACUGAAAAUGAGGAGGAAGACGACUUCUAUGACGGGGCCUGGUGUGCUCAAGUAGAAGACCAAUCACAAUGGAUUGAAGUUGAUGCCCGAAAGCUGGUUGAAUUCAGUGGAGUUAUCACACAGGGCCGGGAUUCAAUGCUCCACAAUGACUGGGUGAACACAUACUACGUGCAGUUCAGCAACGACAGUCGUACAUGGAUAACAUACACAGACGGGUAUUACGAUUGGCUUUUUUACGGAAACGUGGACACAGACACGCCAGUUCUGAGUGAAUUCCCGGUAACUGUUGUUGCCCGUUACAUCCGGAUAAAUCCACAGAGCUGGAAUGGGAGCCUGUGCAUGAGAAUGGAGGUGCUUGCCUGUCCGCUGUCAGACCCCACCCAUUAUGUGUCAAAUGAGGUGACAGGAGACGAACUUGACUUCAAGCAUCACAAUUACAAGGACAUGCGUCAGCUGAUGAAGGUUGUGAAUGAGCAGUGUCCAAACAUCACCCGGAUUUAUAACAUUGGAAAAAGUUCCCAAGGAUUGAAGCUGUAUGCCAUGGAGUUGUCUGAUAACCCAGGAGAGCAUGAACCUGGGGAGCCCGAGUUCCAUUACACUGCUGGAAUGCAUGGAAACGAAGUCUUAGGUCGGGAGUUGCUGCUGCUUCUAAUGCAAUUCCUGUGUAAGGAAUACAACUACGGAAACCCCCGGAUCACACGAUUAAUCGAUAACACAAGGAUACACCUUGUACCCUCUCUCAAUCCAGAUGGUUACGAACUGGCUUAUGAAAUAGGAUCAGAACUGAGCAGCUGGGCACUGGGAUACUGGACGGAAGAAGGAUUUGACCUCAGUGACAACUUUCCAGAACUGACUUCAACGUGGGCUGCAAGGGACCAAAGAGGUCUUCGACGAAUAGCCAAUCACCACCUUCCUAUACCGGAAGAAUACCAAUCAGAAGAAGGCGCGGUCGCUGUGGAAACACGUGCUAUUAUAGCAUGGUUAGAAAAAAUCCCUUUUGUACUUGGAGCCAACAUCCUCGGAGGCGAGCAGGUGGUGACGUUUCCAUUCAACAUGGCAGUACCCGAAGAGGAACCAGAAGAGAUGUUGCGAAGAGAAGAGAUGAUGCGAAGAGCACAGAUGUUAGACUAUUAUGAGGAAAGUGAAAAACUCAAAUACAUGGAUACACCUGAUGACCCAGUAUUCCAUUGGCUGGCUACCUCUUACGCUUCUGCAAAUCUUGACAUGGUUGAAACAUAUCAAGGCAAAUGCCACUCUGAUGACUUCACUAAAGGUUCUGGGUUCAUCAAUGGUGGGGCAUGGCGUCCAUCUGUUGGCACUAUGAAUGAUUUCUGCUAUCUGCACACCAACUGCUUCCAACUCUCCAUUUAUGUUGGCUGUGAUAAAUUCCCUCAUGAGUCUGAGCUGUCAAAGGAAUGGGAGAAGAACCAGGAGGCACUGCUCCACUUUAUGGAACAGAUACAUCGCGGGAUAAAAGGCCUGGUACGGGAUUUGGAUGGAAAUGGGAUUGCUAAUGCCACAAUAUCAGUAGAAGGAGUAGAUCAUGAUGUGAUGACAGCAACUGAUGGGGACUAUUGGCGAAUACUGAACCCUGGUGAUUAUCGAGUGACUGUGAAAGCAGUGGGUUACACAACCAGCAUGCAGGUGUGUCAUGUGGGAUACGAGAAUGAGGCAACGCAGUGCAACUUCAAUCUGCGCAAAUCCAACUGGCACAGAAUUCAGGAAAUCAUGGAACAAUAUGGACGCGAGCCUAUCAAUAUGAUCCUGUCGCGAGGAAGGAGGGUAAAGAAGAUACGCAAAAUUCGAGUGCGUGCAGGAUCUCGGAUGGGUCACCGAAACCAGACACGGACUUCACAGUAGAGGAUUUGCUCAGUUGUACAUUUAGAUUUAAUUAGGAAAUAAAGGGCUUUUUGUUUAGAAGCAGUGAUGUCACUGAUGGACUAUCAUAAUACAUCUGUAAAAAUCAUUACAGUUAAGUCUUGUCAGAAGUAUAAAUUGCUAUAAUUGAUCAAUGUGUGUAUGGAUCAAGUUUCAAUCAGAUUUAGUUUUGUGAGGAGAUUAAACCCUUAAAACUGCCUUCAAUCAUUAGCAUUAUCAAUAGUCAUGUAAUACUUUAAAAAUGUAACUUUGCCUAGUUUCAUCAGCAGAAAAGAACGGUCUCAUUAUCUAACUUAACAUGGGUGCAUCACGAUAAAGUAGUUAAACAUCUCCAGAUCCUCUGGGAUUAUUGUAAACAGAACCAAACCAAACAUGCUUAUCCAACUCAGUACAGUAAAACUAACCUACAGUAACUUCUACACAAAGUAAGCCCAACAUAAAUAUUCCAACUUUUAACAUUCAGAUGCCCUAUUCCAUCCAAGUGCUCAAAAUCCCUUCUCAGUAUAAAUCAAUAACAAUUUUAGAAAUCUGUACCAAUUUUCCUUGAGGAAGGGUCAUUGUAAGAGCAGAACUAAAUCAAUCCAUGGGAAGCUAGAAUUUUAAAAUUUGUGGUCCAAGAGAUUGGUACAGAUUUCAGCUCGAUAAGUGGUAAGAUUAAACAUUUAAUAAUUGUAGUGCCACAACUGAUUUCUACCAGUUAUAGGGGAUAUGGAAGUAACUGGUCAGAUUAUAUUCUAUUCACCAUAAAAGCCAAAGAGUAACAAAUGCUAGAAAUUUAAUUUGAAAAGCAAUCCAAUAAAUGCUCUGCAGGUCAUGAAGCAUUUAUGAACAUAAAAUCAGGGAUAACGUUUCAGGCCAAUAACUUGAAAACAUACUUGGUUCUUACUUGUAUCUGUAGAAUCUAUGCCAGGACUCAAGCGAUGACCACAGGGCAGUUAAUUUUUGAUGUGCCAGGCAGUGAAAUAAACCGAGCUAUCACGUGGAAUUAAUUAGAAAAUAAUUAAUUUAAACAUCAAACAAGAAUGAUUACAGUCUCAGCACCACAAGAUCCCCAGCCUGAGAGGUUUAAUCAGACCUUGCUAGACAUGCUCAGGACCAUGCAAAUCAGCAAGAAGAGCAGGUGGAGUCAACAUAUCUGGUUCACUGUUACAACUGCACACUAAAUGAAGCUACUGGGUACAUACCAUAUUAUCUUAUGUUUGGGUGCGAGGCGAGGUUGCCCAUUGACCUUUGUUUUGGGAUUAACGGGGGUGACUUAUCACCAAAGCCUUAUCUGAAGUAUGUGUCUGAUUUGAGAAGGCAGCUGAAUUAGCUGAGGUUGCGGCGCCAAGCAGAAUCGAGGGAAUAAGAGGAGGUAGGAUCAGAAAGUGAGGUUCUCCCAACUCUUGCUGGGAGAUGGAGUCCUCAUAAGGAAUUUGGGGCUACCUGGGAAGCACAAGUUGGCUGACCACUGAGCGGCCACACCCUAUGUGAUGCAGAGUCAGAUGCCAAAACUACCAGUUUUCUGGGAGACCAGAGGAAGGGAAGGAGCCUGUCAAGAUUCUCUAUCGGUACCACUUGUUGCCCCAGGACAGGUAGACCAAGAGCCACACUUGGAGCCUACACCUAGUAAGAGGAGUCUGCAAAAACACAGGGUGACUGCAGGGCCCACAGGAGGAAAAGCUGGGCCAGGCUGACUCGAAGGAUGAUUAUCUGGAUGUGUGGUAUAUGCUGCCCUUUGCUAACUCCCCAUUGACUGAGGAAGAGACUCCAGGCUCUUCUCUCACUGAGUCAGGUGAAGUGGAGGGGGCUAGCCGUGGGCAGCCUGGGUUACAGCAGGACACUGAAGCAGAGGAAGUGGGGCCUGGACAUAGGACAGAGGGCUCCAAGAUGCAGGGGGACAAGAGUGAUAGAUCAAGGGAGGACAUGGCAAGCAGACCGGAAGUAUCCCCAGUAGCGUCUGAGACUGAAGAGUUAGGUGAGGAGGUACAGAGGUCUCAGAGAGUUGGGAGACCACCGGAUAGGUUGGUCUAUGUAGUGCCUGGGGAACAGGGCGUGAUCUCUACUGUUUUGGGGAGUUAUGUCACUGCUUUCUGCACUGGAUUGGGCUUUGUGUUUUGCAGGAAGGGUUGGUGAAUUAUCUCAAUGUCAUGAGGGCAUGACUUACUUCGGUGGGGGGGAGAAUGUAAGGUUUCUCUGUAAUGUUAACUGUUAAGGCUAUUGAAAUGACUUCUCCAUAAUGUUAGCUGAUGAGGUAAUGGUUUCUCUGUAGCAGCAAUGUUCGGGUUAUAACUAGAGAUAACGGGUGACUAUCCAAUGGGGGAAAUGUUACUGUUUCUUGUGUGUCUGAAAGCUGUUGGUUUUGCGGACUUUUGCCAGAAGGCGCGAGGGGAAUGAAGAGGAGACGCGACUUGAGCGAGUCGGUGGGCUGCCUGACUUGGGGGGGGGGGGGAAGAAACACUCCCAGUGGGGUUCCGGUGGAGGAGAUCGAUGGCAGAAGGAGAACUGCUGGACUGCGUGAGCUCCAACUUUGUGUGCACAUGACUGUUUAAUAAUUAUUGGCGCCUUUUCUUUUAUAUUUUGUUUCUCUACUAACCAUAUUGUCAAAGUAAAGAGUUAUAAAGUUUACUCGUUUAAUCGCA